CUUCCUAUUCCGCGCCGCCACUCCACUGAGUUCCCCCUCGGGAUCUCCUCUCCAUCUCCCUCGUUUUCUUCACUGAGCCAACCAGCCACUCCUCCCGAUCCACCUCGUUCUCGCGCCCAAGACCCCCAGCUGAAUCGAGUUCCUCCUCCAACCAGAACGAGCGCCACCGCCGCCGUUUGGAGCGCCGCCGUACCAGAGAUGAGUGCCUCGCCCAUCUCUUCUCCUUCCUUCCAUUCUUCUUCCCCCUCCCUCACAUCUCUCUCCCUCUGUCUGCUCGUACAGGGAGCUCCGAUGCCUCGAAGCUGCAGCGCCGCCGUCGAGUCGCCAUGGCCUUGGACUCUUGCCGUCCCGUCCACGCCUUGCCGGAGAGACUCCGCCUUCGCCAAGCCCCGCUUCCGCCUGGCCCUGCUACCGCUGUUGCUUCGCUGGAGAGUUCCGCGGCGCCAAGUUUCCCUGCUUCCCCUUCGAACCUCGUUGCUGAAGCCUCAAGAUCCUGCUGCCAAGCCCUCCCGUAGCGCCAUGGCCUUGUUGAGUCAUGCCCGCGCCGGUGCCUCAAGCCGGAACAGCUCACUCUAGAUCCGGCCGGCCUCCGCCAGGUCGACCGUUUCUAGCCGGAUCCUGCGACCCAUGGACUCGCAGCUCCGCCGGAGUCCCCAUUGCUGGCCCCUGCUUCCGCUACAUCGGGAAGUUGCAGUUCAAGCAGAGAAGGACGAGCGCCUCGACCCCCCUGCAAUGUCGCCUCACUUUGCCAGCAUCUCCACCGCCCGGAUUCACGCCACCAGCAAGCCCCUUCCUCCUCUACUCCAACCAACGCCUCCGGCAGCCCCGUCGUCAUCAUCACCUAGUAGUUGUUUUCCCCGGUCCCGGUGCCCCAUCUUCGACCGAAGCCAGGGACGCCCAGCGCCGCUCGCCGCCGUCCGCCAAGCCUCUGCGCCGCCCUUGCCAAGUCCAUCUGCGCCGGCCUCUGCUCGCUCUGAUCGAAAGCAAAGGAGCUUUGCUCGUCCCGCUCGAGCGCCUUGACCCUGCCUCGCUUGCGUUGACCCACGCAGCGCCACUCGACGCCGCGCCUGGUCCGCCGCCUAUAUCAUCUGUUGGCCCAGAUGCGCGCCCCUGCAGGCCUCCCCUCUCCUCCAGCUGGGCCAAGGCCCGAAGUUGCCUUUCUCGUGAGCUUCGGUUCCGUUUCAGAGUUGUGAGGAUCCGUUCGACUACGUCCGUUUGUCUUCUUCAUGGACUCGUUCUUCUUCCUUGCGGGAUUUCAGCUUGCAGGUGCCGAUGAGUCCGGGCAGAUGACGCAACCACGCUCAGGAGGAGCUCG